AUGCUUUCUGAUAUUUCUCUCUGCUUUUUCUUGGCAGAUGUAAAUGAUUUUACAAGUAUUUCUUUUUUCUUUUCUUUUACGGUUUUCUUGCCUUUCUUUUUUUUUUUUUUUACAUUUUUUUUCCCUUUGCAUUCCAUAUUUCGAUGUUCUUCCUUAUUAAACUUCUUUCUGAUAUAUUUCUAUUGUCUUUCUACUAUUUUUGAAUUCCGUUUUUCUUUCUUUUGUAACAUAACACAUUCACGUUCCUUUCUUAAUUUUUCUGCAAUUUUUUAUUCGCAUUUGAGUUCCGACUUCAUUCUUUCUUUACAAACUCUAUUCAUUAUUCGUCUACACUCAUCCACACUUUCCAACCCGGUCUCUUUUUCCCUCCUUUUUCUUCCAUGUACACGCCUACACAUCUCAUUCUUUUCUUCGCUAUCCUUCAUUUUUCUUAUCGUUCACUCUCUUUUCUCAUCUAUUCUUUCUUUAUUCACAUUCCCUUUUCUCUCUCUUUUAUUCUCUAACCGAUUUAACAUCUCUCUUCUUUUCUAUCCAUCUUCUCUCUUCUCUCUUUUUUCUACCCUCGUUCUCUUUUCUCUAUAUUCUCUUUCACUUAACUCUAUCUCUCUUUUUCUUUCUCUCUCUCCACUAUAUUCAUAUUUCUCUUUUUCUUCGUCUCUAACCUUCUUCUCCUUACCUUUUCAUAUUCGGCUAACAAAAAAAAAAAAAAAAAAAAACAUUUUGCCUCGUCUUUCCUCAUUUUUUCAUCUAUAUUUUUAUAAGUUUUCAUUUUGUCUUUAUCUAUCUAUCUAUCUAUCUAUCUAUCUAUCUAUCUCUAUCUAUCUAUCCCAAUCACUCUCACCCUCCAUCUUUACGUUCUUUUUUCCGUAUCAAUCAUUUUGCUUUCUCUAUUAUUGUUCAGAUAUCACUAGACUCAGGUUCCUUCCCCAAGGAUCAAUUGACACUAAGUCCUUUGUCUAG